GUAAUCCCUUGAAAUGUAAUGGAUAAAUAAUAUGAAAAAUAACGUGAAAUCAACGUAAUUUUAUAGAAAGAAUCUUAUCAUCAUGGAUGAAAGUUUAAAACAUCACAACCCGAAUCCGAUUCUGACGGCGAAUCCUCUGUCAAAAUUGCUGUUCUGGUGGAUGAACCCAAUAUUCCGAAAAGGCUACUCAAGAAGAUUGGAGGUAGAUGAUAUGUUCAAUGUUACAAACGAGGACUCAUCAGAAGAACUCGGAAAGAAACUUGAAAGGGAGUGGAAUAUUGAACUAGCCAAGUCAAAGAAAGUGAAUAAGUCUCCCAGCCUUUCCAAAUGCAUAGUCAGGAUCUUUGGUGUCCAGUAUGCCUUAUUAGGAAUCAUUGUGUUCAUAGAAGAAGCCACAAAGGUUGUACAACCUCUGCUGUUAGGACAACUGAUUCGUUACUUCACCCCUAAUUCCACCAUAUCACAAAUGGAUGCAUACCUUUAUGCGUUGGGAAUGAGCUUGGCUGCCAUUGUUCUUGCUGUUUUUCACCAUCCUUACUUCUUCACAGUUCAGCGAAUUGGAAUGCAAAUCAGAGUGGCUUGUUGUUCGCUUCUGUACAGAAAGGCUUUACGAUUAAGUAACAGAGCAAUGGGGCAGACAACAACAGGUCAGAUUGUCAACCUGAUGUCCAACGAUGUCAACAGAUUCGACACGGCAGUGAUGUUUAUUCAUUACAUCUGGAUUGGUCCGCUGCAGGCCUUAUUUGUUUUGGUUAUUCUGUGGAUGGAACUUGGCCCCUCGGCCAUCGCUGGAUUUGCCGUCCUUCUUUGUCUUGUACCAGUACAGAGCCUGAUGGGAAAACUAUUUGCAAACCUCAGGCACAAGACAGCAGUCCACACUGAUGAGAGAGUAAAAGUGAUGAGUGAAAUAAUCUCAGGGAUGAGGGUUAUCAAAAUGUACUGCUGGGAAAAGCCCUUCGGAGAGUUAGUCGCCAAAAUCAGAAAGCUUGAAACUGAUCGCAUUAGAAUGAGCAGUAACAUACGAGCCCUAAUUUUAGGACCUUUCUUAGUCUCCAUUAAGUUUAUAAUUUUCCUCACCUUUGUGAUAUAUGUGUACACGGGAGGGGCCAUGACAGCUGAGAAGGUUUUCAUAACUAUCGCACUUUACCAGGCAGUUCGGUUAUCCACGACCCUUUUUAUCCCAUUUGCCUUCCAGUUUUUAUCUGAGAGCAGGGUUACGGUUGAAAGGCUACAGAAAUUCCUGCAGCUGGAUGAACUUGAUCAGGGUUCUGUUGAGGAAGCCUCCGGAUUACGACCAAAACCCGAGAACUGUUUUAUAGAGGUGGACCGUAUCACCGCUAGAUGGGACAUGGACUCUGAGCAGCCAACAUUGAGUGACAUCUCUGUUAAAGUAGGGCCAAGGAAACUGUUAGCUGUGAUUGGACCUGUUGGUGCCGGAAAGUCUUCCCUAUUGAUGAGCAUUCUUCGGGAAUUACCAGUGUCAGAAGGAAGUGUUAAAGUCCGUGGCAAGAUAUCCUAUGUAUCCCAGCAGCCUUGGGUCUUUUCUGCCAGUCUACGACAAAAUAUUGUAUUUGGAAACAAGUUUGACAGCGCCCGCUACAAUAAAAUUAUAAAGGCUUGUGCAUUAGACAAGGACAUUGAAGUGAUGCCAAAUGGAGAUAGCACUCUAAUUGGAGAUAGAGGGGUCAGCCUAAGUGGAGGUCAAAGGGCAAGGGUCAGUUUAGCUCGAGCCCUUUAUAUGGAUGCUGAUGUAUACUUAUUGGAUGACCCAUUGAGUGCUGUGGAUGCAGUGGUCAGUCGCCACCUCUUUCAAAAAGUGAUUAAAGGGAUGCUGAAAAACAAACCCCGGAUUCUUGUCACCCAUCAACUCCACUUUCUCAAGGAGGCAGAUGAAAUCAUUAUCUUAAAGGAGGGCCAGUGUCUUGGAAAGGGAACAUUCGAUGACAUUUCUACAUCAGGAAUAGAUUUCUCUUCACUGCUGAAAUCAAAUGAGGAAGAAGAAAAAGAGAAACCUCCUGUUGUUAAAUAUGAAAGAGCAACAAGCGUGGAUCGCACACACUCAAGUUUACAAAACAUUGGAUCCACCAUCUCUCUGACUUCCAUUGGGACAGAGUUUGAGCCUGACCCAGUCAAGCAGCCAGAGGAAGAGGAGCGUAGAGAGGGGAGAGUGGGUUGGUGGGUGUACUUCAGAUAUUUCCAAGCCGGGUCAGGUCCAAUUAAGUUUCCUUUGCUGGUCCUGGUUAAUCUGGUGGCCCAGGCUGCAUAUAUCAUGAGUGAUUGGUGGCUAGCAAGAUGGUCUAACAACGAGGAGGACAGGGAUGACCUGAUUCAAAAGGAUUCUCUCUUACGAUCCCAAGGAAUCAACAACACAAACAUCACUAUCCCAGACAGUGACACAGAUUUCAAUGUUUACGUCUUCUCCGGAAUCAUAUUUUCUGUAUUUCUUUUUGGAUUACUCAGGGCUUUGAUGUACUUCAAGGUUGCCGUGGAUGCAGCAAAACAUUUACAUAACAGGAUGUUUAGAAGGCUCCUCAGAGCACCAAUCAGAUUCUUUGACAUAAAUCCUGUUGGUAGGGUUUUAAAUCGCUUUUCAAAAGACACAGGUCACAUGGAUGAUAACCUACCAAUCACAGUCUUUGAUUACAUACAGUGUGUCUUAAUAAUCCUGGGCAUUGUUAUUGUGGUGAUAGCCAUUAUUCCGUAUGUCUUCAUUAUACUGGUACCCCUGGCAGUUUUACUGUACGUGACACGUAGAUAUCAUAUCACAACAUCCAGACAUAUCAAGAGGCUUGAAGGCACAACACGUAGUCCAGUUUUUUCACACCUGAGUGCCUCCCUCCAGGGGCUGCACACAAUCAGAGCCCUCCGUGUCCAGGAGAAAUUCUGUGAGGAGUUUGACAAUCAUCAGAAUCUCCACACUGAGUCCUGGUUCCUCUUCCUGUCAUCCAGUCGCUGGCUGGCCGUCCGACUCGACUGGAUGUGUGCAGUCUUUGUCACCGCUGUCUCUUUUGCCUGUGUCUUUCUAGCACAAGGGCUGAGUGCUGGUUUGGUAGGUCUGUUAAUGACCUAUGCCAUGACAUUGAUGGGUUUGUUCCAGUGGGCUGUGAGACAGAGUGCAGAAGUAGAGAGUCAGAUGAUAUCUGUCGAGAGGGUUUUGGAGUAUUCCAAACUGGACACUGAGGCUGAGCUGGAAUCUGAUAAACCCCCACCACCCUCCUGGCCGGAGAAUGGAAAAAUUGUAGCCAAAAAUGCCAAACUGAGAUAUGGACCAGACUCUCCAUGGGUGUUUCAUGGAUUAAAUUUUGUGAUAAAAGGGAGAGAAAAGGUUGGGUUGGUUGGUCGAACAGGUGCUGGCAAGAGUUCUUUGAUUAGCUUGAUGUUCAGGAUGGCAGAAAUGGAUGGUUCAGUCAUUAUAGAUGAUGUGGACACACAGAAAAUAGGGCUGCAUGAACUGCGAAAUAAAAUCUCCAUUAUACCUCAGGAUCCUGUUCUGUUUACUGGCACCUUACGUAAAAACUUGGAUCCUUUUGAAGAGUGUACCGAUGAACAGCUUUGGAAGGCACUGGAAGAGGUUCAACUGAAGCCUGCUGUGGAGGAUCUUCCAGGAAAACUUGACUCUGAGGUAUCUGAGGGGGGUACUAACUUCAGUGUUGGGCAGAGACAACUUAUAUGUCUGGCCAGAGCUAUCCUUAGACAGAACCACAUCCUUAUGAUAGAUGAGGCCACAGCAAAUGUAGACCCAAGGACAGACAGUCUGAUCCAGAAAACAAUUCGUGAGAAGUUUAAGCAUUGCACAGUCAUCACCAUAGCACAUCGUUUGAAUACCAUCAUGGACUCAGAUAGAGUAAUGGUGCUUGAUGAUGGCCAGAUAAUGGAGUAUAAUCACCCCUAUGUUCUGUUACAAGACACAGAUGGAUAUUUAUAUAAAAUGGUGCAACAGACUGGUAAAGGAGAGUCACAGAAACUUCUGGAGAUUGCCAGAUCUACCUAUAACAAUAUACCAGCAGAGGACCGUCCAAUUCUUACUGAGGAAACUAAGAUUGUUACCACAGACGAUAUUUACUUGUCUGAGAAUGGUGAUGUGACUUCUAUAAGUGCUAACCAUGUCCUUCAGAAGCAGACAAGGGAGGAAGAUUCUGCUUCUGAAGUUGUGCCAUCCCCCUCUGAAGGUCCAGACAGAUCCUUUGAAGGUAAUGAAGAUGAAAAUGAGGAUGUUGAUGAGUCAGAGACCAGUACACUUCUGGAUGCAAAGAAGCAGCAGAAUCUGGAUACAUUACCUAGUCUUUCUUAUGCCGAUGAUAAUUUCGUGUCACAUUCCCAAAAAGAUGACCCAUUAGUUAAGUCCUCUAUCCAUAACCAGCAUGUGACAGAAAAUUCCCGUCCAAGUGAAGACACAAAUGGAGUUUCAGAGACAACAGAACUCUUAAACGAUGUGAAAAAUGAUGAAUAAUAUGAAAAUUUUGGAAAUUUUCUUAUUAUAGUGGAAGAAAUUUGAAUUCCAGUAGUUUAAAUGUGAUAUGUACAGUGUACUCUGUAUAUUAGGACAGGUGUCCUCUGAGUAUUUAUAGUACUUACAUGUACACUUUGUCACUAUUUAUUAGCAGCUGAUGUAUUAGUCUGGGUAAUUAAGACAUGGUAAAGAUGGAAAAGAUUUUGUACACAUCUCAAAUUUGGAUAAUACUGUACAUGUAAUUGUUUUAUAGAAACAUUUUUAUUUUUAGAAGAUAUACUUGUUAAACAAACUUGUGCCUUUCUUGUUGCGUUGAGAAACCAUUUUGAUAAAUGAUAAUGAAAAAAGAAGGUUUGUUACAUGUAGAAAUAUAUAGUUUAUUAAAUGUGUAUAGGAAUAUACUUUGUUUUCAAAGUUAAUAUCUAAGAGUCUGGAUUUACUUUUAAGCAUUUAGCUACAGGGUCUGUUAGAAUAUAAUUUAAUUUAGGUGUUACUUGUACAUGUUCAUUAGAAUGUUAAUAUAUUGUGGUAUAUUGUAAAUGUCCAGUUGAUUAUUUUUGGCUUUUGUUUUUAGCAUAUCCUGAAAUAUUUAAAGGCUGCAUGAGGGUAGAAGUUAAUUUACAUAUAUGUUGUUUAUUAUAACAAGUAGGAGGAAGAACAAUUGACUUUUUAGCUUUAGUUUGAACAGAAACAUAUACCUCUGAUUUUGUGCAUUGUUGGGUACACAUAGUUGAUUUGUCUUGUACUCAUCGCUUGUUGAAGUUAACUACAUGACAAGAAAAAAUUAGCCAUGUAUGUCUGACAAUGUCGUUUUUGCUUUGUAAUACUUUUGAUAACAAAGAUUUUACAGAACUGUGUUAUACAACCUUGCCAUAGACAUGUCACAUAAUCAAUUUAUAGAUAAGUUUUUUAAAAAAAAUUAUUAUACGUUGUACAUUCCAUCCUGUGCAUAUACAUGUAAAGAAGCAUUUUUCAAUUACAUAUUUUUUUUAAAGAAUUUUUUUUUUAGGAAAUUAGCUUUGAAAUAAAAAGUGAGUUGUUAUAAACUUGUUAUCCUCAUUCUAUAGUUUAAAUAAAAUGCAGAUAUUAAGAAU